UAGCGAUUAGUUUUCAAGUGCAAAUCAACACCGCUCUAAGUGGCCUGCUAUCAUUCCUUAUCACCAAAUAGAUAAACUGAACUCCUUUGGCCAUCGGACAUCUUGAAAAGUCUUAAGACGCAUUUUCUGAUUGUUUCUGAAAGUCUGUGGAUAGGGACUUUACGAUGGAAAAAUAUUUAUCGAUUGUGAAAUUAAGUUUUCAUAAUUUUAGAAUUCUUCUUCGCUGGUUAAAAUUGGCGUUUUGUCAUCAUCAGCACCCAUUGUAACUGUGACUGUUUUUCUUUCUUUAAAAAAAACAACAACUGUAUCUUCGGAUUAACGGAGGUGAAAUCCGUGUGUGUCUACUAGUAAAUCAUAAAUUGUGUUUUAUAUAAGUGUAGUGGAAUCUUUGACAAUUUAGUUUCUGGUUUUGAAAUGAAUUUUUCGGCCAAGAUGUUUCGAUUAUCACUGAUUUUAACUGCGGUCUUUUGCGCGCCAGUGAUCAAAGACCCUCUGGAUGAUGAUUUGGCCAGAAAGAAACAAGUCGGCGUUGUUGAAUCUGAGACCGACAAAAUAAACAGACUCGUUGAAAGUCUUAAAAACCUUAUUGCCGAAAAUGAUUUCGCGGAAAAAAUUUCAUCUCUGAACAAAUCAUACAACAUUGAUAUUGAUGAACUCCUGGGCAUUUUUGAAACGUACAUAAUAUAUAGAGAGACGACAAACUCACAACAUGAGACUGUUGUUGAUUUUGAAAAUAAUUCAACUGGAGGUACAGACACGGCAGAUAACAAGAGCGACCUGGACAUGCUUCUGCCUAAUUUGUUUGCGUAUAUAGAUGAAAAUAUGGAGGAAAUUUUAAAUGAACUCAUUUAUGCGAUCGAAGAAAGUAAGAACAGCGGUAAAGAUAACAUGCAAGGAAUUAGAAGUCGAAAUGACGAGCUAUCUUCUGACAUGUUUGAAGCGAAAGUACAUGAAAUAGAAGAACUGGUAGAGGUGGGGAUAAAUGCUGAGCAAUCUGAUAAAAUAUUAAAAAGAGCCUCAUCUGUUACAGAAAUGCCAAAAGAAGCUCCUCUUGUUGACGUCGAGGUUGAUGUAGGCGCUAAGAAUGCCAACAGCAAUGAUAACUAUGACUUGCGACGUAUGUACGAAAAGCGUGGCGCGAUAUGUACCCUCAUUAAAGGAUAUAGCAAGACUCCUAUCUACGUCAUCUCAACGUGUCGACUCGGAUUUGCACGUACAAAUAUAUGGGAACUCUGCGAACGGAGAGACCCGUUUUCGACCCGUAUGCAUCAAGAUAGCAUUAUCGACAUCACUCGAACUCCGGUGCAAGAUCAAGAAGGUUUUGUAUAUAGAAACGUGUACUGUGCACAAUGUAAUGACAUUACUUUGGUACAGGCAUGGACGACAAAAAUAGACUGUGAACAUAUGCAGCCAUUAUCUCUGUCUGACGGGAAAGACACUGUGACUUUGAUGAAAGAAUUCACAGAAAAUCGAUUGGGGUGUAUACGUAAAUUAAGUCCAGCUAUUCCACGUAUGAUACACCAGUGCUCUCACGUUGACGUCAUAAGCACAAUGCGAUACCAUACAACACGUAUUGGUGACAGCGGAAGAAGUGAUACGUCACCAUUUCCAUUAUCGUUUUCUAUACUUAUGAACUUUGGGUUUGAUGGAAAAACACAUAUUCUCUUUUCAACCACAGCAAACCCUCAGAGUGUGUCAGUCACAUGCAAUUUAAAUGAAAAAUAUGAUCCGCAGUUUCAAAAAUGCAGACCUAUUGUAUGUUAUGAUGGAUAUCAGUUAGUAGGAGGAACGUGCGAGAAGAUAACGAACAGUAAUCAUGACCCUGAUGACUUGGCUAAUUUGCAAGAUACCGACGAACCAUUGCAGGUUGUACUCACAAUAAAGAACGUAACAAAUGGAGAUAUUUAUAUGUUGAGAAUCGCUGGUAUAGAAGGUAUUGUCAUUGAGAACCUAGCAGACAUGUUUAAUAUUAGUAGAACACGGAUACAGAAUCUAACAUUGGGGUUGGUAAACACAACGGGAAUGGUAAAUAGAACUGAAUAUAUUAUUGAGAUACAUCGAUUUACAACACCCCUUCCGUCUAAAAUAUUUCCUCAAAUACAAACAUCUAAAAAGCUUCUUGAACCUGACUGGGCUAUAGAAGUAAAGCCAACACAGCCAAUUAACGACAUGGCAACGAAACGGGAACGCGAUCCGAAGAAUACAAAUAAAGUUGUGUCUGUUCCAAUAAUUCAUCCGGAAAAUGACGAAGCUUCAUAUAGGGUAUAUGGGACAAAUGAUAGAGAUGAAAAGUUUGCUAAACCUGACAAGAAGAAAGGCGGAGACAGCAAAGGAAAUCAGUUGGAAACUGACGACAAGUAUAAAAGUCAAAACGAUCGUAAGCAAAUGACAAGCGGUGUUGGUGUCGUUCACCAUGACGAUUCAUCGAAUAGUUGGAACGAGAUCAGUGAAACUUUAUGGAACAAAAUGGCGGGUUUGUCCGUUAGAAUAUCUUUCAUCCUCACUCCGGCGCAUAAAAAUAGAACCCUUCUAGAAAAGUCCGUCAAAACAGUCGUACAAUCCAUGAGUAAUUUGAUAUAUAGCAAUACAUUUAGUUUGACAAUUAACGGUACAAACUACAAAGUUCAGGGCGUUGAAAACGCACCUCAAGGUACAUCAAUAGACGACUUUUGCAAAAAAGGAGUUCAUCCAAUGUUAGAAGAUAAUGAAUUUAUUAUCAGUGCGGAGCAAGUCAAUUCGACAGAAAGAAAUGGAAGUGUAACUGUCAUCAUAGUUAAAGAAACCGGGGAAAGAUUUUUACCUGGCGAGUAUGAUUUAACAGUUAACAUUGAAUCACGCGUUGGUAACAUAAGUCAAGCAGAGGUAUCAAGCUUUGCGUUCGUCUGCAAAAUGCCCAAAAUCGUAGACGAAAAGUGUGGACGAAUUGUUCUUGAUAGACAGGAGUACAAUUUGUUUGACAAUAAGUCCAUUGCAUUUGCAAAUCGCACGUAUAACAUGAGCGAGUAUGAAUAUGUUAACUUACAAGAGGAAGUUGUGAGUAUAUGUACACCGUCUGAUUGGGCUACAAUGGAAAGAACAUACGAAUCCGGGAAGUGGACUCUAGCUUGUGGUGAAGGUUUGAUAAAAGUGGUAAUUGCUGAGAGUUACCUUACUUUCAUACUGGGAGUUAUCUCUCUUAUUUGCAUGUUAUCGGUGCUUAUCACGUACGGAUUGUUUGACAAACUGAGGAACUUACCAGGUGUAAAUACGAUGAAUCUGACAUUUUCUUUGUUUAUGGGAGAGCUAGUCUUCAUAACAUCAGGAUGGAUUCAACCACAUCAAGCCUGGCUGUGUUCCGCUGUCGGAAUGCUUCUACAUUACUUGUUUCUAGCUACAUUCUUCUGGAUGAAUGUUAUGUCGUUUGAUGUAUUUAGGACCUUUGGUAAUAAAUGUAUUCUAACUCGAGUACGCAAGAAGAAGAAAUAUUUUCCGCGAUAUCUGCUUUACGCCUGGGGUAGUCCUUUUCUUAUUGUUGCCUUAUGUGGAGUUAUUGACUAUACUGAUCUUAUUGAAGGAGUUGAAAUAGGAUAUGGUGGAAGUUCCGUUUCAAACUUAGGCAUACACAAUGAACCAGAGGUUACAAACUCAUCGAUCUUCAAUGAUUCCCCAGACAGCCAUGUUUAUAGCAUUGGUUGUUGGAUCCAGCAACCAGUGGCAUCGAUGGCCGCGUUCGGAGGACCUAUGAUCCUUAUUUUACUAGGGAAUACAGUAAUGUUUAUAAAAACGAUCAUCUGCAUCCGGGCAAGCACGGGGGCAGCAAGAUUGAGUGUGCGCAGACAGUCUCUGAAAAGACACAUGACCGGCCGAGAUGAUGUAAUGUUAUAUGUUCGGAUGUCUACGGUCAUGGGAUUUACCUGGGUUUUCGGGCUCGCUUCAUCAGUAAUCAGUGCGUUUGGCGGACCUACUUCUCAAACAAUUUGUAUUAUUUUACAUUUAUUAGGAAUUCUGUUUAUUGUAUUCAACUGUUCUCAAGGGAUUUUCAUUUUCUUUGCAUUUCUAUUCAAUAGAAGGAUUCUGGCAAUGUAUAAAGGAUUAUUGGAAAGACUCAAAUCUGAACGGUCAAGGCCGAUUUCAGUCUCAUCAAGUAGAGCAACUUUGACAACUCAGAUAAGCCAGUCGUCACUGUCGCACAUUACAUGAUUUGUAUGUUAUAUCUCAUAACGUUAUUUUUGUUAUAACGUGUUUAUGUUACCUCCACUUACAUGUCCAGACAGCCUAAUCUAACUUACCUUCACUAAUAUGUUCAGAUCGCGUAAGAUAAUAAAGGAAAGCGGCAUUAGUGUUGAUUAAAACUGUAUUUAACACUUGUUAGAACUGUGACCUUUCAUUUUCGUCCUGCGGUGCUGAUUUUAGGGGUAACUAACUUGCCUUGCUUAGAAAUUGGAACAUUCCAUUAUCAGGUUGAUUAUAUGAUGUUAUAUGAUGUUUAAAAUUAAAAAUGUAUGGCUAUAUCCUGGAAUAUACCCCAGGGUCUAAACCAGAAGUAUAUAUAAGUUCAUUUCUUUUUCUGUUGUUUGUUAUUUACUUCUGAAUUAUAAAGAGGGCCAGAUUUAGUAUGUCAUCAGUCAUGUAUGUAGUAUGCAUUUGUUACUAAAAGACUGAUCGGUGCUGUUUCAAUAACACAGAAAAAAAUGUAUGUAGUUUUGUAAAAAUUGGAUAUUGAAUGAGUGAAUGUUCAAUGAAUCUACUAAAUGUAUUGAAAGUGUUGAAAAAUCGUAUUAAUAUAUAGAUAUAACAUUGUUUUAUUCAACUUGUUAAAUACAUUAUGUAUUGAAUCUAAACGAAUAUACUAAUAAUAAUAACUUAUUAAUUUAUCACAUAUCCAAAAGAAGCACUGUUUACAUUGCUUUUUAAUAUUUUUUUCGCAUUGUUUCUACACAAGUAUAAUAUCGUAUAAAAUUACGUAAUGGGUUUAUUACUCUUGUGUGCGAUGGAUAAUAAUAAUAAUAAUAGUAGUAGUAGUAGUAGUAGUAGUAAUAAUAAGCACUUUAUUUCAUGAAGGUAAUAUACUAAAAAUACAUGUCUGAUUUACAAUAUGGCCUUCGAUUAAAACAAGGUAAAGAAACUCACAAAUAUUUACACAGAUAGAAAAAUGUAAACAACAAACAUUUAAAUCGACGUACAUGUAUUCAUGAUAUUAAUAUUUCAAUUGUAUAGCAAGU